AGUUUCUAUGUCUCCCUCCGCAUCUCGUUCCAAGAUGGCGUCCGUGCGACGUGUCUUGUCGGCUGUCGCCGUCAAUUCUGUCUUCCUCCUGUUGCUAGCAGGGCUGACUGUGCAGGAGGGCGAACAAAAACUGCAUGUGGGGAGUUGGAACCAGCCAGGAGCAGCACAGAAGUCACGUCGGAAGGCGGCACCAUUGCAGCAGUGGCAGGCAAGGAUACCACCUCAAAAUGUGCCAGUCCAGCAACAACCAGUACAGCAGCAACAGGGACAGUUACCAGUACAGGGACAGCAGGCUCUACAGGGGCAGCAAGCCCAGGUCCCACGGGUCCAGGCAUAUAAUGCCGUUCCCCAGCAAAUGUUACAGCAGAAUGCUGCAGCGCAGCCAAAGAUUCCCAACCAGCCAAAUGCACCCAUCCAACCAAAUGUACCUGUGCAGCAAAAAUUUUGCUGCUGCCAAUCCACCAAACAUGAUUGUCCCUCUAAACAAUGCUGGCCAACAAAAUGCUCAACUUGGACAGGUUCAGAGUAUCAAUCAACAGGGAAAUAACUUGGAUGUUGGUGGUGUUGGUGGGUUUGCUGGUGGUGGUCUGGGUGAUGGGGGAGAAGAUUUUAGAGAUCAAGGUCAACCAGACCUCCAGCCCCUUCCCGGAAAGGUUGCUGACAUAAUGAAGCGAAACAAAAAACUUGUCCAAAAGGUCCAGGAUGUGAAGAAUGAGGGAAGGCUGCCGGAGGUGCCCAGGAUUCCGCUCAGGGCUCAGAACGACCCGCAGAUGAAGGUGAAGUUGGACGGAAUCCCGCAGAAGUUAGCGGCACCCGCAGCAGCCAACCAGCGGUCCGGCGGGAAGGGACACAUGAGGAUCGCAGACAACGUGGCCUGUCAGGAGGACGUCCAGCGACUCUGUGCACACAACGUCAGGACAAACAACUUCGCCAUUCUGGACUGCUUACAGAACGACCGACCGAAAGACAAUGACCUAUCACCAGAAUGCCACCAUUUCUUGUGGGACUACAAGAAGAACCUUACCAAGGACAUCCGGUUUGACCAAGCUGCCUACGAGGUUUGCAAGGAGCCUCUUGCUCAGCUACCAGAGUGCAGCAAGUUGGAGACAGGGCAGGGCCUGGUCAUCAGCUGUCUGAUGGACCACAAGGGCAACAUCAGCAACCAGCAGUGUCACCAGUUCCUGGUCAAGAUGACCAGCAUCGUGUUCAGUGACUACCGGCUGAUAGAGCAUUUUGUAGAGGAUUGCAGCGCGGACAUCCAGAAGUUCCAGUGUGGGAGGGUGAGCUCCAGGGAUGAGGAGAUUGAUCACACUCAGGGGUCUGUGAUCAACUGUCUUCAGAAAAAAAUUGGAAAAAAGGAUGGUCUCCAAGUUUCCUGCAUGAAACAGAUCCUGAGAAUAGGGGAACUUUCUGCUGAUGAUUACCAUGAAGACCGAGCAUUGUACUUUGCCUGUCGUGAAGACAGAGAGAGGUUCUGUGAGAAGAUAAGAGCAGGGGAGGGGCAUGUCCUCAAGUGUCUGGUGCAGCACAAGUUUGAACACGACAUGAGUGACGACUGCCGAGAAAAGCUGAUAAUACGACAGCGCAUGGUGAGCCAGGACUACAAGGUGAACUACGGCCUGGCCAAGAAGUGCAAAGAAGACAUCAAGCACUACCACUGCAGGGUAGAUAACAUGCCAGAGGGGAAAUUUGCCAAGUUAUCCUUCAUCUUACUUUGCCUGGAGAAUGCCAUACAGAAGGGCCGUCAGGUGAGUGGUGACUGUCAGGGGGAGAUGUUUGACAUGAGGCGACAGCUGAUGUCAGAUUUCCAGAUCUCUCCCGAGAUCGUCCUGAACUGCCGAGGUGAAAUUGAGAGCCUGUGCAACGGUCUGCAGAAGGAGGGCAGGACUAUCCACUGUCUCAUGCAGAACGGCAUGGACGACUCCAAGACUGGACAAAACAGGCUGAGCAAGACCUGCUUGAUAGCAGUGCAGUCUCUAGUGAAGGAGGCAGAUGCAGGGUUUGACUACAGGAUGGACGUUGCCCUGCAGGAUGCCUGUGAACCAGUGGUGCAGACUGCCUGUAAGGACAUCAAACCUGGAGAUGCCAUGAUCCUGUCAUGUUUAAUGGAGCACCUGUACACACCCUCUAUGGUGGAGGAUUGUGAGGAGAAGCUGCUGGAGCUGCAGUACUUCAUCUCCAGGGACUGGAGGUUGGACCCACGGAUGUACAGGAAGUGUGCCAAAGAAGCGGAGCGACUCUGUAACGCAGGCCCAGACUGGAACGAUACCAACGACAACCUUCCACCAGGAAUCGUCUUCUCAUGUCUCUACAGGCAUGUCUACAGGAAAGAUGAAGCAAAGCUAAGCCACGCUUGUGCGUUUGAAGUGCGCCGCGUGAUGCACCAGAGAGCGGUGGAUGUGCGGCUGAACCCCAUGUUGGAGAAGGCUUGCCUGCGGGACCUGGGAGAGUACUGCUCUGAGAAUGUAGAGAAAGGAGAGGUGGAUGUGUUUGAUGGGGCAACUUUACAGAUACCGCCUGACCAGGAAAUGCACUGCCUCCAGGACAACUUCAAGAACCUGAGCAAACCCUGCAGAGAACGAGUGGGCAACUUCACCCAGAUGUCAUCUCAGGAUCUGGAUCUGGACAGAAUCUUCAUGAUGUCUUGUGCCCCUAUGAUAAAGAGGUACUGUAAGUGCCGAGAAAAGCUGAUAAUACGACAGCGCAUGGUGAGCCAGGACUACAAGGUGAACUACGGCCUGGCCAAGAAGUGCAAAGAAGACAUCAAGCACUACCACUGCAGGGUAGAUAACAUGCCAGAGGGGAAAUUUGCCAAGUUGUCCUUCAUCUUACUGUGCCUGGAGAAUGCCAUACAGAAGGGCCGUCAGGUGAGUGGUGACUGUCAGGGGGAGAUGUUUGACAUGAGGCGGCAGCUGAUGUCAGACUUCCAGAUCUCUCCCGAGAUCGUCCUGAACUGCCGAGGUGAAAUUGAGAGCCUGUGCAACGGUCUGCAGAAGGAGGGCAGGACUAUCCACUGUCUCAUGCAGAACGGCAUGGACGACUCCAAGACUGGACAAAACAGGCUGAGCAAGACCUGCUUGAUAGCAGUGCAGUCUCUAGUGAAGGAGGCAGAUGCAGGGUUUGACUACAGGAUGGACGUUGCCCUGCAGGAUGCCUGUGAACCGGUGGUACAGACUGCCUGUAAGGACAUCAAACCUGGAGAUGCCAUGAUCCUGUCAUGUUUAAUGGAGCACCUGUACACACCCUCUAUGGUGGAGGAUUGUGAGGAGAAACUGCUGGAGCUGCAGUACUUCAUCUCCAGGGACUGGAGGUUGGACCCACGGAUGUACAGGAAGUGUGCCAAAGAAGCAGAGCGACUCUGUAACGCAGGCCCAGACUGGAACGAUACCAAUGACAACCUUCCACCAGGAAUCGUCUUCUCAUGUCUCUACAGGCAUGUCUACAGGAAAGAUGAAGCAAAGCUAAGCCACGCUUGUGCGUUUGAAGUGCGCCGUGUGAUGCACCAGAGAGCGGUGGACGUCCGACUGAACCCCAUGUUGGAGAAGGCUUGCCUGCGGGACCUGGGGGAGUACUGCUCAGAGAAUGUAGAGAAAGGAGAGAUGGAUGUGUUUGAUGGGGCAACUUUACAGAUACCGCCUGACCAGGAAAUGCACUGCCUCCAGGACAACUUCAAGAACCUGAGCAAACCCUGCAGAGAACGAGUGGGCAACUUCACCCAGAUGUCAUCUCAGGAUCUGGAUCUGGACAGAAUCUUCAUGAUGUCUUGUGCCCCUAUGAUAAAGAGGUACUGUAAGGACAUUGUUGACAAAGAAGAGGAUGAUGGGGCCUUGCUGCAGUGCCUGAUUGAAAACAAGAACGAACACGAGAUGAACAAGAAAUGUGCAGCCGGCAUCAUGCACAUGCAGCUGAUCCAGCUGAAGGACUACCGAUUCAGCUUCAAGUUCAAGGAGGCCUGCAAGUCAGAUGUGGUGAAGUACUGCCGCAACAUCAAGAACAAAGCUGAUCUUGUUUCCUGUCUGAGUGAGAUUGUGAGGAAUGACACACUGAUGGAGAACAAACACAGGAUCUCUAAAGACUGCAGGGGACAGCUCAGGGUGGAGUUACUGGACAGGGGUGAGGAUGUGCGUCUAGACCCCAAACUGAUGCAUGAAUGUCACGAUGACAUCAAGAAGCACUGUGACACGGAGCAGGCAGGGGACGCUCGUAUGCUGGAGUGUCUGAAGAGACACAAGAAGAAGCUGUCUGACGGCUGUCAUAUCAAACUGUUUAACCGUGAGCGGGAGGAACUGACUGAUAACAGUGUGGACUACGGCUUCAUGAGGGACUGUAAACCUAUGGUGAAGCGGUUCUGCCCCCAGUCUGACCCUAAGGACGUGUUACACUGCCUCAGGAAAAACAAGAACAAUGAAUUCAUGGAUGAAAGAUGUAGGAAAGCUAUCACACAAAGACAGAUUGAGCAGGCAGAAGACUACAGGCUGGAUGUUGAGCUGCAGAAGAAAUGCAAGAAAGACGUCCCUAAGUUCUGCAGGGACAUCCUGGCUGAAGCAAGGUCAACAGAACUGGAGGGCAAAGUCAUCGGCUGCCUCAAGGCCAAAGUGGGCAAGAAUCGGCUGUCUCCACAAUGUGAGGACCACAUUAAAGAACUGAUGAGGGAGGCAGCCAUCGACUACAGGAUGGACCCACAGCUGGCACAGGGCUGUAUGGAGGAGAUGACCAAAAUGUGCAGCGAGGAGAUGACAAACCUGAGACUGGCAGUGUGGAGGAGUGUCUCAAGAAAAAGUUCUCUGAGAAAAAUAAAUUCAGCAAAAUUGCUACGGUUGCUACAAGAAGGGAAGGCUGACAUCCAUGUCGAUCCACUACUGCACCAGUCCUGUGCACUGGACAUCAAGCACUACUGUGCAGGGAUACCGGCCGGGGAGGGCAGGCGACGAAAAUCAGCAUUGUUGGACCAUUCAUUGAUUCUUGAAUGCCCGGUUGUUAUUUUGCUGCUACAGGAAAUGCACUGCCUCCAGGACAACUUCAAGAACCUGAGCAAACCCUGCAGAGAACGAGUGGGCAACUUCACCCAGAUGUCAUCUCAGGAUCUGGAUCUGGAUAGAAUCUUCAUGAUGUCUUGUGCCCCUAUGAUAAAGAGGUACUGUAAGGACAUUGUUGACAAAGAGGAGGAUGAUGGGGCCUUGCUGCAGUGCCUGAUUGAAAAUAAGAACGAACACGAGAUGAACAAGAAAUGUGCAGCUGGCAUCAUGCACAUGCAGCUGAUCCAGCUGAAGGACUACCGAUUCAGCUUCAAGUUCAAGGAGGCCUGCAAGUCAGAUGUGGUGAAGUACUGCCGCAACAUCAAGAACAAAGCUGAUCUUGUUUCCUGUCUGAGUGAGAUUGUGAGGAAUGACACACUGAUGGAGAACAAACACAGGAUCUCUAAAGACUGCAGGGGACAGCUCAGGGUGGAGUUACUGGACAGGGGUGAGGAUGUGCGUCUAGACCCUAAACUGAUGCAUGAGUGUCACGAUGACAUCAAGAAGCACUGUGACACGGAGCAGGCCGGGGACGCUCGCAUGCUGGAGUGUCUGAAGAGACACAAGAAGAAGCUGUCCGACGGCUGUCAUAUCAAACUGUUUAACCGUGAGCGGGAGGAACUGACUGAUAACAGUGUGGACUAUGGCUUCAUGAGGGACUGUAAACCCAUGGUGAAGCGGUUCUGCCCCCAGUCUGACCCUAAGGACGUGUUACACUGCCUCAGGAAAAACAAGAACAAUGAGUUCAUGGAUGAAAGAUGUAGGAAAGCUAUCACACAAAGACAGAUUGAGCAGGCCGAAGACUACAGGCUGGAUGUUGAGCUGCAGAAGAAGUGCAAGAAAGACGUCCCUAAGUUCUGCAGGGACAUCCUGGCUGAAGCAAGGUCAACAGAACUGGAGGGCAAAGUCAUCGGCUGCCUCAAGGCCAAAGUGGGCAAGAAUCGGCUGUCUCCACAGUGUGAGGACCACAUUAAAGAACUGAUGAGGGAGGCAGCCAUCGACUACAGGAUGGACCCACAGCUGGCACAGGGCUGUAUGGAAGAGAUGACCAAAAUGUGCAGCGAGGAGAUGACAAACCCUGAGACUGGCAGUGUGGAGGAGUGUCUCAAGAAAAAGUUCUCUGAGAAAAAUAAAUUCAGCAAAAUGUGCCAGACGCAAGUGUUACGGUUGCUACAAGAAGGGAAGGCUGACAUCCAUGUCGAUCCACUACUGCACCAGUCCUGUGCACUGGACAUCAAGCACUACUGUGCAGGGAUACCGGCCGGGGAGGGCAGGCAAAUGUCCUGUCUGCUGGAGGCACUAGAGGACAGAACUGUGCACCUCCAGCGAGACUGUGAGGAGAAGCUGAAGAGCAGGGUGGAGAUGUGGGAAUAUGCUGCUAAGGUUGCUCCUCCGGAGACCUUUAACGAGCUAAUGGUACAGAUGUCGGCAUCCCCAGCGAGAAAUUAUUUCGUGGGUGUAAUAUGUGGAGCAGUCCUCAUCAUCCUCUGUUUGGGAGUGCUUACAGGCAGAAUGACGAAAAGGGUUCGAGCGGAACUUAAGAACCGGUAGCGCUAGUCCUGCACUGGCCCCCAGUCUUUCACCCUGCAGUAAACAAGGCUCAAAGUGGCCAUGAAACAUGUUGUGUAGCUCAUGCUCCUUAGCUAUCAAUCUAAAACAUUGGGUACUGUUUGUGUAUUUUCCCAUCCUACAGAAUGGACUGACUGCUUACUGCCUUUAAAGUAGAUAUGACUGAUAGCUAUGGAUCCAGAGCUAUACAGCAGUGGUAUUCAUUCAUCACUGAUGUACAGACUGUAGAUGUUAAUGGUAGGGAAGGGGUUACUGGUUGGGAAGUGUGAUUUUUCAACCUGUCCUGUUCCCAUGUAUCAACAUCAACUCUUUGUACUGUAGACUACAGUAGUUGUUUCCAUGUAUUGAGCUACGCUACGCUUGGUGUCAUACACAGCUUGCUGGUCAAAUAAGAGAUUUUUGCUCUUGGCUUUAUUUGCUUGUUUAGCACAUUAUCAGCCUACGCCAAUUUCUUACAAAACCGCUUUCUUGAUCAGCCUGUGCCAAUUUCAUACAGAACUGUUUUCAUGAUCACUGUCAUGCUAAUUCUGCCUUGAAAUCUUAUUUUGGGACUGUUCGAAAGAACACAAUAUAUGUUAAACUGAAAUUCAUAGAAUGCUUUUCUCCAAUUUGAGGCUUUUGCCUGCUACAUGCAGUAAAUAUGUAUACUUAAUGUGAUUGUUCUAUGAUUCUCCAAUAGCGUGUAUAUUUUGAGAUAAUGGUAACAACUGCUUUGCUGUCAUUUCAGUUUGGUGAAGUGCCUUCACCUGGUUACAAAAUACUCAAUGAAUAGUUGAAUGUGAAUUACUGUGGCAUAUUGCACAGUAGGAUGCUGGAAAAGUAUGUGCUUUGCCCUGUUCUGUAGUGUAGUGAUGAUUUUGAAUGAUUUUAGAAUUGAGAAAACAUUCAGAAUGGAAACUAAUUAAUGGCUCUGCUUUAUUCCUGACAUACAGGGCAAAUAUUAGGAAAUAUGAAUUUUGAAUGUAAAAUGUGGAAUUUUGUUGACUGUGGCAAUGAAGCAAUUAAUGCAAAAUUCCAAUUUGAUUUUUUUAAUGAUUUAGGACUAAUGCUGACGCAUCAGUCAAGUCAUAUCAGCCAACACAAAAAUCUCUGUAUCUUGUGUUUUGAUUAGAUACCGUGCCUUGUAAACCUUCUAGGUGUAUUGGCUGACACAUCGCUGUGGAGUACAGUAGUGCAGUGGCUUACUCGGCCCACCAGGGACGACAGAUGAUGAUGAUGAGGUGUUUUGAGUUGCCACCGCAUGUUGCUAAGGCUCAGAUUUGAUUAUAGUCGUUACUAUGAAACAGUCCCAAAUUGUUCAAAAGGAUGUUUUAUGGACAUCAUCAUAAACGCAAACCACAAAAACCACAAAUAGAAUGUUUGAACAACAGUCCAACUCUCUAUCUUGGACUGAAUAUGAUUGUUUUUGUAAAAGUAUUUUGUAGCUUGUUCUUUUUUCUAGCCGUGGUUAAGUUGUAGAUGGAUACUUUGCGUACAUUGUAGACACUUUGUUCUUCGAAUCCUAUGCAUUGGCAUUAAUAUUGAUAUUUCCCUGUUGGGAAUUGAUCUGUUAUGGGGAGGGCCAAAAUCUGCACCUGAUUUGCAAAAAGCUUGCUCAUUUAACAUAAAACCAUGUUGCCCCUGAUUCAAUCCAGCUAUGGACAUCUUAAACUUGAACCACUUUUUCUGUGUAGUUCUGGAUAGAAUGCCACAGUCACUAAGUGAGAUAAAGCAAAAAGCUGUGUGUAACCAUGUCAGACCUUAGGCUGCCUUCUUCUUGGUUGGAAAUGUUUGAUUAUGGUGAAGAGGUUUAAACAAUAAACAGAAAUGUAUACAGUUCUGGGGGGAUGUUGUAUAACAUAUAUUCUCUUGCCAAGGAACUCAUAUUGUAUGACAUUGAAGCUAUAUUCAGGAAGAAAUGACAUGAAUGUGUCCAGCUGUGUUAUUUUGUGUCUAAGUAUGUUCAUAUUAUACACAAGACCUAAACUGGCUUUGGCAUUAAGUAGGGCAGAUGUCUGUGCAUGUCACUGUUGAGUUCAUGCCAUUUCAUCAGUAUUUCCAUGUCACAAUUGUUUAAGUGAGAGGCUUGCUUUUCAAAAGUUACAGAUUUUUUAAUGGUAAAUCUCGUUUGAGUGAAUGUAAAAUGAGCCACUGAGGAGAGUGCAGCAUUUUGAUUUAGAAUUUGCAUUGGUAACCUAGUCAUACUUAUAAGUGUAUGGAGCUGAGCAUGCUUGUAUUCCUGUCAACAUCUAUAAGGUAAAUCUCUGAUGAUGGGAUUGGUAGAGGGCAUGUAGAAAUAUGAUAGAUAUGUACAGGAUCCUUUCUUCAAAGACUAUUUUCUUCUUGUGAUGAGAUUUUUUGCCUUGAUGAUGUAGAGAAUGUCAGUCAACAAUUUGUGGAGUCUCUGUUCAGGUGUACAUGUAGGAUAAUGGUCCCUGGGGAAGGCAGAGACUCAGAUUAUUGUUUGUAGAGGUGUAGCUGCUAUUCAAGUUUUGUCGAUUCUUUAAUCAGUAAAUAAUAUUCAAUGGUAUUGCAUACUCGUCAAGUACACUGUAAAUGUUCAUAAUAUUGAGAGAAGUUUUUGGUUAUGAUACAGCUGAUAGGAAAUGUCAUAUAUUGCCAGAAAAGAUGAUGACUGAUAUCUAGUAACAUCUGUCCUCCCCAGGGGCUGUAUUGAAACAGGGACUUCAGAAGUUCAGUAGCAACUUUUCUAGUGUAUGUGCCUAAUUUGGAAUCCUCUGCUGUAUUGUAUGUGAAGAAGAUGACAGGCUUAAUUUUGUAUGUAGUGUAGAUGGGAGCUGUCACUUUACUGCUUUAGUGUCAGGUCAAGAGUUUCCAUUGCUGCUGUUUUGAAUGAUGCCACUACACUUCCUCUGAAGGGAGGUACUGGGGUACGUAAAUGUUAUCAGCCAUGAUGCACAGAUAGAUUAUUAAUGGCAGGGACCAGAUACACAUAUACAUGUAAGGUAUGUUGUACUUACCCUGUACCCAGUGUACUUUAUACCACUGCCUCCAGACAUGGCUUUCAUUAGCUAGGACCCAUUAAAAACCUCUGAUCAAGAGAGAUGGCUGGCACUUUGUCAAAAUAGUGAUAGCCACCUGUCUCGAUCAGAUCUGUCAGGCCCUUGGACGCAAAUAUUGCUAUGCCUGGAGGCAAUAGUAGAAACACUAAGGGCAGCAAAAGUUCAACAUCUCCAAUUAGUACAUGUGUAUGUGUGGGUAUUUCAUGCUGGGACACAAUCUGGUAGAACUAGCUUGAUGAACAAGCCAUGAGCUGGGACUCAUUGGGUGGUUUGAGAUUGAGUUUUCAUCAGCUGUUUUUGUACAUAGAAACAUAGGCUAGUGAACUCUACCAGGAUACUUAACACUUCUAAUGGACCAAACAUUUCCUACAUAAUCAUUGAACAAGUGUCUCUUUUCACAUGCCCUGCCUAUUUAGUACAUGUGCUUAAAGCAAGUAUGUGUAAGUAUGUUCCUUCAGAGGAAGUGUGGUGAUUUAGCACAUAAUUUCAUUCUGUAUGUUCAGUAUUUCAAUUUUUGGUGUCGCUGCCCCAAACUGUACAUGGUGUAUCUAUUUCUUUGAACAAUAAACUGCCUUUACAAAGUUGCAGAGUA